AUGGUGGUCCAGCCAAACGCGAGGCGGUGCGGUGUCGUUCUCUCACUGCUACUGGCGUCGACCACGUUUGCCUCAGCACAACAUGAAGGCCGCUCUGGAGACUAUGCGCCCCCGAUCAACGCCACGACCACGACGAAUGCGACGACGGCUAUGACGACGACGUCGACGACCACGACAACGACGGCCAAACCGGACCCCUUGAAAGAGGCGUACGAGGCAAUAUCACAGAAGGUGACGCGCCUCUUGGCACGAGAGCUGUACCCGAUUGUCAGCGAGCUAAUCUACGACCCACGGCUCUCCACGGGAUGCAUCGGGUCCCUCAUGAAGAUUGGCCCGGCCUUGGGAAGGUUUGACAUCUGGGCUGUGCAGAUGGUGGACGCGACUGGCAGACCGCACGCCGGUACGAUGCAGGGCCGCAUCGCUGCGUACGGUGCUUAUGAUCAAUGCCUGGCUGUGAGGCACGAUGAGGGCCUCUUCCAGGGAAGGUACUGCAUGGUGCACCUGGAACACGAUGGCUCCGAGUUUUCGCCCAGCUUGAGAGUCAUCGUCAACAAGUUCGUCGAGCACUACGGUCUUCAGUACGUCGGCAACUUGUCGAAGCAGGCGGAAAGUGGUUCUCGACUUCCCGUGCCACUGUACAAGGUUGGACUCUGUGUGCCUUCGCUGUGCCAAAGAGAAGACCUGCAGCUCAUCAUUAACCACUGCUACUUUUCCAGCAUCGUGACGUCGUUUUCACUCCGGAAAGGCUUCCAGAAACUGGUGGACAUGCCCAACUGGGGUGACUACUCUAACGACCUGGGCUUCGUGCAUGGCAUGCGUGUCUUCUCGGCCACUUGGGUCGUACUAGGUCACAGCCACAUGGUCCGGGACGUGCACGCCAGCUCUGACAGCAUAGGCUUUCUAAAGAGGAUUAGGGAGGACUUCCCCUUUACUGUCCAAGUGAACUCGUUUAUGGCGGUUGAGACCUUCCUCGUCAUCACGCUGAUUGUGCCAAUGGCGGCAGUCAUGGGCUUCAUCUACAUCCUACCGGCUGUGAUUGACGGUCCGAUGAUGAGAGAACACAGGCAUUCGUUCGAAGACCCCUGCGACAAGAACUGGUGGAAGAUGUUCACAAUGACACAAAACUACGUCGAGCGCUUCGGUGACUUGUGCGUGCCUCAUUUCUGGUAUGUUGCCGUUGACUACCAACUUGCAAUAAUCAGCACCAUCAUCUUGGCUGCCAUAAUGCCUAAGUGGCCUAAGGCGUGCAUGUGGCUAAUGGGCGUCAUUGUGGUUGCCUCGUCACUGGCCACUCUGAUACAGACUUACGUCAUUGACGCACUGCCAUUCGGCCUCAUCGUAACCACCGACAUGAAGAGGAUAUCCGAUGUGCAGACCGAGAUCUACAUCAAGCCGCACGCGCACGCCGCCACUUUAUUCGUGGGCGUGAUUUUCGGCGUCCUGGCGGCGCGGCGACAUCGGCUGUCGCGACUCGUCCAGGGCGCUGCUUGGGCCGCGGCCGCUGUCCUCGCGCUGGCCGCACUGCUUGGCGUGCGGACGUGGACGGUCGGCCGCCAGCCGGAAAGGCUUGAGUCGGCUUUCUACGGGGGUUUGCACCGCGUCUCCUGGGCGCUGGGCAUCGCGUGGGUCAUGUACGCCUGCGCCACGGGCCGUGGAGGCUUCGUCACCAAGAUUCUCGCCUGGCCCAUCAUGUAUCCGCUGGGAAGGCUGUCGUUCGCGCUCUACCUGGUGCAUCUCCUUGUACUGGGCUCAACGACAGUACUGGGGCGAGAGCUCACGAGUCAGCAGCCAUUCCUACACACCCAGAUAUAUUUAGCUUUGGUCAUCAUGUCGUACGGGUUUGCCAUCGUCGUCUACCUCCUUAUUGAGUGCCCGGUGGCUGGACUAGACAACACGGCCUUCCAAAAAGUAAUGCCGAAGCAUGGAAACCAAAGUGCCUCAAAAACCAAGGGUAAUGCUCAAGAUCUCAAGGCCAUCGAGGCUGUUCACAAGAGCGUGGCCAGCACGAACCUCGAGUUUUCUCCUUCGGCGCAUCAGCUUGCAAACGGAUUUCCCGACGUGACUAAACGCUCCGGCAACGGCAUCCAUCUUAACGGUCAGGUCAAUGCAGCUUGGGAAAACGAUAUAAGCGACAAAGACUCGCAGGCUGAUGUUGCCAUGAUCUCCAUAAAAUUCUGA